GGCUGCCGGGCUGGGGACGGGACGGGACGGGACCGGGAGCGAGGGGCAAGCGGCUGCCAGGCGGCUGCAGUGCCCGGCCGACGAUGCGGAGGGUGCGGCUCAACGCUGCCGCCCUGCUCGGUGUCGCCUGGAUCAUCGGCUUGUUCUAUUACCUGUGGCAAGGCGGUAAAGCGCGUCCCGCAGCGCAGGGACACGGGGAACCCCAGCCCCAGCCCCAGCCCCCCCGGCAGGGCGCCGGCAGCCAGCAGGCGGUAACUGGAAUGCCACCACUGGAUAAGAACAAUCUGCAGACCUUCGAGGAUAAGGCUUAUCUCUCCAGCAAGCUCCUGACACUUGGUGAGGAUCCCUAUGGACACCAUGCAUUCAACCAACAGGAGAGUGAGAAGCUCGCCAGUGAUAGGGUGAUCCGCGACACAAGGCAUUACAGGUGUUCCUCUCUCCACUACCACGAGGACCUGCCGCCGACCAGCGUCAUUGUCACGUUUCACAAUGAGGCGCGCUCCACGCUCCUCCGCACCGUCAAAAGCAUCUUGAACCGCAGUCCAUCCAGACUGAUCCAGGAAAUCAUCCUUGUGGAUGACUACAGCAGUGACCCUGAUGACUGUGAACUCUUAACCAAGAUUCCAAAAGUUAGAUGUUUGAGGAAUACUCAGCGGGAAGGGUUGAUUCGAUCACGAGUUAAGGGAGCUGAUGCUGCUACUGCUGACGUCCUAACCUUCCUCGAUAGUCACUGUGAGGUGAACAAGGAUUGGCUUCAACCUCUCCUGCAAAGAGUUAAGGAGGAUCACACGCGUGUGCUGAGCCCCAUCAUCGACGUCAUAAGCCUGGACACCUUUGCGUACUUGGCUGCAUCUGCUGACCUGAGGGGAGGAUUUGACUGGAGUUUGCACUUUAAGUGGGAGCAGAUGUCCAUUGAGCAGAAGAUGGCGAGAUCAGACCCAACUCAAUCAAUCCGCACCCCUGUUAUCGCUGGAGGGAUCUUUGUCAUCAAUAAAUCCUGGUUUAACCAUCUUGGAAAAUACGACACGCAAAUGGACAUAUGGGGCGGUGAAAACUUUGAGCUGUCGUUUCGUGUCUGGAUGUGCGGAGGAAGUCUGGAGAUUGUUCCCUGCAGCCGCGUUGGCCACGUCUUCCGCAAGCGGCACCCGUACGACUUCCCCAAGGGCAACGCUCUCACCUACAUCAGGAACACCAAACGCACUGUGGAGGUGUGGAUGGAUGAGUACAAGACGUACUACUAUGAAGCUCGGCCCUCUGCUGUGGGCAAGGCCUACGGGAACAUCGCCGAUCGGCAGGAGCUGCGCAGGAGGCUGCAGUGCAAGUCCUUCCAGUGGUACCUCGCAAACAUCUAUCCAGAACUGCGAAUCCCGGAGAAGGAGGUUUUUGAAAUGGUGGUGAUAAGGCAGAAUGGAAAAUGCCUGGAGCAGCAGAACCCCUACAGAAUGGAUAACGCCAUCGUCAAACUUGGCCAUUGCACAGACACGCUCGACGCCAUUCCCUCCGAUCAGGAAUGGAUCUUGUCUGGGCCGCUGAUCAAGCAGAACGACAAGUGCGUGGUGAUCACAAACUUCUCCAUAGAUUCGCAAGUCGUGCUGGAACAGUGCCGGCAGGGGGACAGCAGACAGAAAUGGAAACUGAGGGGAUCGGCCAUCCAGCACCUUGUAACUGGAGCUUGCUUGGACAGCCAAGCAGUCAAGUCAGAACCGUAUCGGGUGGGCACCGCACCUUGCCAGCCCAAGCUUCACAGCCAACUGUGGGACCUGUUGAAGAUUACGUGACAGGAAGCUCGCGCCCCCUAUCAACAUACACGGACAUGAAGAAUGAUUUUUUUUGAAGUCAUGUAAAUAUAUUUUCACUCUAGAUGUAAGAUUGAACAAGACCAGACACUGACUGCAUUAUGAUGAACUGUAUGAAGGAGGCAUGUUGGCACAGGAGCCUCAACAUAAUUCAAUGUGGAUGAUACUGGAGUUGCCUCCAACACAAACUAAAUGCCUCCAUAACUUCUCUUCCCCAUGGGUUCUUGCAGUAGGUUGCUGGAAUUUAAUCUAUUCUUUGGAGAGCCCAGAGCAAUCAAUGGAGGAGGCUUGGUAACUUCAGUCAGAUUGUCGACACGCAGAAUGUACCAGGGUGAAAAAAGCCGGGCACAACAGAACCGGAGAGAAGAUUAGAGAACAUCUAUGGAGUGCUUGGUCAACCUGCGUCAUUACACUACUCCUCACAAACACCAGUUCCCCUGUUUCAACUCAUGGCAGGUUUGUGAGUUUUUUCUGAGUGUGCAAUUUGAUUGGAAAUAAAAUUAUGGCUGGAGA